AUGUCAUCAAGCCUUCUUUUGCCUCUGAUUGAACCUGUCUCCUCGGUGCCUCUAGCAGGAGGACCCACAGGUGCCUAUGUGGAAGUGACAGGUAGGACUGCCACGUGGCAUGGGCCAGCUCAGGACAUCGCAGCAGCCAAUCAGAGCCCUGAAAGCAGCACUGCCCGGGCUGAUGAUAGAGCUGACGGUGGGCCAAUUCGUCUGUUUGUGACGUAUGCUGUGAGCGCGUGGGUGCGUUUGGGGAGAGACAGACGGCACAAAGAGCACGGGCGGGGAGAACAGAAAAUCCUCCCCCUCUUUGCAAGAAAGGAAAAAAAAGCAGAGGAAGGAGGGGCAGAAGAAACGGAGGCAGCAGAGGCAGAAGGAGUGGAGGAAAGGGUGAAAUCACAUGCAGUGAACAUCGCACUAGGGGUGGAUGGGGGAUGGGUAAAUGCUGGUUCGGUAGAAGCUUCCGGGAAGGAGUGGGUGCGGUGCUGGGGGUCGUUUCGCCUAGAGAAGCCGUACAGGCAAGCAGUGCUGUACGUGCAGGGCCCGCCGCCAGGUGUCAGCAUUCAAUUGGCCGAUGUGCACGUGGUGCCUGUGGAGUGGCGGGAGAGGGUGCCAUGGCUGCGCGAGCAAGCAGACAGGCUCCGCAAGGGAUCACUGCGUCUCCGCCUCCUCUCCGCCGCCGGCCAGCUAAUCCCGUGCGCCCACGUGUCAGCCAAUCAGACGCGCCGUGCCUUCCCCCUGGGUACCUGUGUGAACUCGAGGGACCUGCUGGGGAACCCACGCUACCAGUCCUUCUUCCUUUCCCGAUCCCAGGGAGGGAGAAUGGGAAACGAAAAGGAUCCACAGAUUUUUCGUGAGGGAAAGGGAAGCAGGUUGAGUGGGAGUGGGAGUGGGGCGUGGUUCAGCUGGGGCGUGUGUGAGAACGAGCUCAAGUGGACGAGUGUGGAGGCGAGGCGAGGCGAGGAGGACUGGAGGGACGCUGAUGCCAUGGUGACGUGGAUGCAGGAGCAUGGAGUGGCAAUGAGAGCACACUGUCUCUUCUGGGACAACAUGCGCCCGCCUUGGGUGGACAAACUCUCACUCGCGGACCUCAAAGAUGCUAUUGACAGCAGAGUCACGUCCUUCCUCACCCACUACCUCAACUGUUUUUCCACAUGGAUGUCAACAACGAGAUGCUUCACGGGGAUUGUUCUCCUCUCGCUGUGGCCAAGCUACUCUUCUCUCACCUACCUUCCCCAUCCCACCCCUCCCCCCUACACAGAAGCUAUUGACAACAGAAUCACAUCCCUCCUCUCUCGCUACCCCAACUGUUUCUCUCACAUGGAUGUCAACAACGAGAUGCUUCACGGGGGAUUCUUCUCCUCCCGCUGCGGCCCAUCCAUCAUUCCCCGCAUGUUCCAGUUCGCCGCCCAAAUCGCGCCCUCCCUCGUCCUUUUCCUCAACGAGUACCACAUAGAGGACGGCGAAGAUGAAAAGAGCCGCCCGGAAAAGUACGCGCAGUUCGCCCGCCAGCUCAUCGCCAGCGGGGCGCCAGUUGGCGGGCUCGGCACGCAGUGCCACAUCAGCGCGCCAGUUGGUGCCCACAUGCGGCAUGCAUGGAACAUCCUGGCAGAUGUAGGGCUACCAGUUUGGGUUACAGAGCUAGAUGUGAGCUCUGUAGACGAAAAAGUGAGGGCAGAUGAUUUGGAGAUUUGUCUAAGAGAGGCGUUUGGGCAUGGGGGAGUAGAAGGGGUGGUGCUAUGGGGUUUUUGGGAAGGUUCCGGCCUGGAUCGACCGUCCAUGUCGAGGAAAAAUGCACACUUGGUGCGUUCUGAUUGGUCGUUGACGGAGGCGGGGGAGAGGCUGGAAAGGUUGUUAGAGGAAUGGACGACAAGGGGUGUGGUGGGGAGGACGGAUGAGGAGGGGUGGUUUGUGGUUGAGGGGUUUGCAGGGGAGUACGAAGUGGUGGUGAGAGAUAGAGGGAAGGAGUGGAGGACCAUUGUGGAGUGCUUGUCGCCAGGCACCACCACCCGCCAUUCCGCGCAGUUUUUUUUCGCCUUCACCCCCCCGUACCCUCCGCCACUCGGCGCGCCAUCCUUCCGCGCCACCUCGUCGCCGCCCACCCCGCCCGCUUCGCCCACCGCGCCUCCUCAUCGCCCCGGUCCGACGGCGCGGCUGCGCGCCGAGCUGCGCACACAGCUGCAUGCGCGCAUAGCUGCGCGCGUGCCGCUCAUCGUCGUCGGGCGGAGGCUCCGACUCCCCGUCGUCCAUUCCUCCCCUCGCUCCCCGCCCCCCUCUCUUACGAUUAUUCCAGUGCUAGCAGGCUUCCCCACCGCCCCCAUCAACGUGCACCUCGGGAUCUCCCGGUACCCCGCACCCCGCCCCUCCUCCCGUCCCUCAUUUCCCUCCACAAUCCCCCUCCUCCCCCUUUCCCCCCUCUUCUCCCUCAUCCCCCCUCUCCCCCAGAUCCCCCAUCAACUCGCACCUCAGGAGCGCCUUCCCCCACAACCCCACGCUCAUUCCUUCCCCUCCACUCUCCACCCGUCACUCCCCCCUCCCCCCACGUCCCCCAUGAACCCGCACUGGGGGAUCUCCAUUCCCCUUACCCCUUCAAUCAUCUCCAUUCCCCUUACCCCUUCAAUCAUCUCCAUUCCCCUUACCCCUUCAAUCAUUUCCUUUCCACCCCUUCCCCCUAUCGCCCCUAGCUGUUUUGUGUUGGCAGGCUUUCCCACCUCCCCCAUCAACCCGCACCUCGGGAUCUCCGCGUCGGGAUCGGUGCCGCCCGGUGCCGCCCUCCUGCUGUGUGAUGACGUGGCAGCAGAAGGAAGCUUCCUGCUGCUGCACCUCCUCAAGUCGCACCUGCUGCUGCCGCCCCCAGAAGGGGGAGGGGGGAGGGAGAGGCGGGGGGAGGAGCAGGGGGACGGAGGUUGCAGGGGAGGUGGGGAGGGGUGUGUGAGAACGGGAGUUCACUUCCCCGACCUCUGCAGGCAGCAUCGCCUGGCCAUCAUUGACGGCCAAUCACAGGCCUACACGUGGCAGCCUGGUGGCUUAGAUCAUGCACGAGUGUGUCAGCAGCAAAAGGAAAUGCCACAUCAACAGGAGCAGCAGCAGCAGCAGCAGCAGCAGCAGCAGCAGCAGCAGCAGGCAGGAGUGUACCAUUUCUCUCCUCCCUCUUACCCGCCCUCUCAUGCACCCCCCACCAACAACCCGCCUCACUCUGCCAACCCCCUUCGCGCCCUCUACUCCUCCAUCUGCUCUGCUGUCACCUCCCUUGGCUGCCCCCUCCACUCCUCCCAACCACCCCAUACCCCUUCCCACCCUGCUGAACCCCUUUCUCACCCUGAUCUCACUGCACUGACUCAACCUGCUGCUGAUGCUGCUUGUUCUGGUGCUGGAGCUGCCACGUCACCAUCUGGGGCUGCUGACGUGGCACCCGCAGCUCGGUGUGGCGGCCAGCUGUGCAUCGUGAUUGAUGAUGUGUCGUUGCUGGAGACGUGCGCGGGCGGCGAUUCUCGGCUGGUUAUGGACUUUCUGUCCGCAUGCCGUGGCCUAUGCACUAAGCACCAUAGAGCCUCCCUUGUGCUGCUCACUCAUGCAGCUGUCCACCCAACCACCUUCACCUACGCUGCAACCCCACCACCGCCACUCCCCACCCUUUCCUCCUCCUCCACUUCCUCCCCGAUCGCCUCUCCACCCCUCCUGCCCUGGCUGCUCCAUCUCUCUGACGUGCUCGUGCUGCUGAGACCACUUACAUCAGGCCAUGCAUCGGACAUCCAUGGGCAGACAGAUAUCGUGUAUCUCACUCCCACGCUGCUGCACGGCCCAUCACAUGGGAACGACGCAUCCUCCCCCUCACUCCCCAUGUUCCUUUCCCCCUCACUCCCCAUGUUCCUUUCCCCCUCACUCCCCAUGUUCCUUUCCCCCUCACUCCCCAUGUUUCUUUCCCCCUCACCCCCAUGUUCGUUUCCCCCUCACUCCCCAUGUUCCUUUCCCCCUCACCCCCAUGUUUCUUUCCCUUUCCCUGUCAUGUUUCUUCCCAUGCCACACCGGGCGGACAAUGUUCAUCUCACACCCACACUGCUGCACGGCCCAUCCCACAGGGAUGGUGGUUGA